AUGGGAUGUACCUUAUCUGUCGCAUUUGCUAUGGUUGAAGUAGAAAAUACCCAGACUUGGGCAUGGUUUAUGGAGCUUUUCUUUGCUGAUGUUGGGUGUGAAAAUGGUAAUGGUUGGGUGUUCAUGUCAGAUAAGCAAAAGGGUUUAGGGCAAGCUAUUAGGGAUUUUAUGCCCACUGCUGAGCACAGGCAUUGUGUUAGGUACCUUGAUAAUAAUUUCAAGAUUGUUGGUCACAGUGGACUAGCAUUGAAGCAAAGAUUGUGGGUAACAGCUAGAUCAACUACAAUACCCACAUUUGAAGCUGAAAUAGAGAAGAUGUUAUCUCAAUCAGAUGCAGCUUACAGAUGGCUUCAAGAAAGGCUAACAAAUCAUUAG